GUCACACGCACAACACAACACAACACGCAGAGAGGAGACUGCAGCGGAGCCAACGGAGGCAUAGACUUCCAAAGGAAGAACAGAAGAAGAGAAUAAAAUAAGAAGGAAGAAGCUCGCAGUAGUUAGCUGAUUUGCAGGGAGGGAGAAGAGAGGGAAGGUCAAUUCAAGAGAAGAGCACAGCUAGAAUGGCUUUGGGAGAUGACUCUCCUGCCUCUUACAUCCACAUGGUGCAGCAUCUGAUAGAGAGAUGCAUGACGUUCGGGAUGAGCAUGGAAGAGUGCAUGGAGACGCUGUCGAAGCGCGCCGACGUGCAGCCAGUCGUCACCUCCACAGUGUGGAAGGAGCUGGAGAAGGAGAACAAGGAGUUCUUCGACAAGUACAAGCAGUUGAGAUCAGAAAAGGGAGGCGUGAGCAGCUCCUGAUCACAACCAGGAGACCAGAUGACAUGCGGCUAGCUAGCAGAUUAAUUGUGAUGAUUAAGCUGGCACGAAUUAUUUUCAUUACUUCUUACUAGAUCUCUGUACUUAGGAAAUAAGACAUGGGGAGGUGAAAAUAGAUCAGGCUGCGGCUAUGUAUGGUGGUGCUUGCGUGUACAGGGUUGGCAAGAAAGCAGCAGCCAUCUGAUCAUCGCUCUAGUGGGCUACGUGUAGCUCCAGAACUGUAUCCACCAUCAAUUUCACCUCCGACUCUACGGUUAAUAUUCCUUCUCACAGGGAGUGCAAUACCUAACGUCUUGCAUUUGACAAAGAAACACCGUUUCCUCUUGUAAAUUAAUUAAGCUGUGCUAGCUCAUGGAU